AUGAAAGUUGAAUUUGCUUUACCUUCAGCUCUUCAAUAUGGUGAUUGUAUUGAAGUGAAUGGAAAAGCCGGUAACAACAAGUUUUCAAUCGACUUAAUCUCUGAUUAUUUAGCUUUUGACCCAACUAUACUGAGUGAACAAGAUAGAACUGAUGAAUGUGAACUGCCAAUUGUUGAAACACAACCAUUGCAAAUAUUAAUAGAAACAACUGGUAGCUGGGAUAUUAAUGCUAAUUCACCAGAGACUAGUACGUCAUCACAUGGUAGUUCAGCGAAACGAUUUGGUUUUCGUACCAAUGAAAAUUUUGUAUGCAGAGUUGUCAUUAAAACUGAAUAUUAUGUUGUUUAUCUAAACGAUAUGAUGUUAUCGAACUCUGAACACUUAGUUCCUGUAGGCUCUAUUAACGGUUUUGCAAUCGAUGGUGACUCUGCCAUUUCAACUAUAUUAUUUGGUGACUUAAAUGCCAUUGAAAAAUACAAUUCUAAACAUAUUGUACAACAUGUUCAAUCAAAUAAUCCAAAAAUUAUUGAAUGUCGACUAACGUCUGAUGACUUAUUAGCUACUGUUUUAUUCAAUGAUAGUGAAGAACAUUCAGAAACUUACGAUGACUUCAGUGAUAACCAUGUUAAGAAUAAUAAUAUCAAAAUCAAUGUUUUUACUAGUGUCGAACAUAACACUAAACAAGAUGAUAUUUCCAAUGGGGAAUUUACAAUUAAAGAAAAUCAUUUAGAUAGAGAAGAAACAUUGGAAGGUACAUGUACACAAAAUUUAAAAACAGGAAAUACCGGUUUUUUGUGCAAUGCAUCAAAUUUACUUCACUCUAACAGUGAAUUCAUAAGUCAAUGUCAUGAUAAUAAUACAAACAAUUUUGUAAUUAAUAAUAACAAUCAAAAGUUAAGCAAUUCUAGCAAACUAAUUAGAGCUUCAUCAUAUCAAUUAGUAUUUGAUGUAGACAGUGAUUCAAAUGAAGAAAUAGACCGAAACGAUGAAGUAAAUGAAACAUCAUUAAAAGCUGUUAAUCUAUCUUUAUUCAAUCAGACAAGAGCUAAAAGUAUUCAAAAUCUAUUUCAUUUUCAUCAUAAUCAUUAUGAUAAUUUUGAUCAUAUAAAUAAAUUUAUUCAUGAAUCACAACUAUUAAUAUCCGAAGAUCAAGGCAAUAACAUUGAUCAAUCAAAAGAUUUCAAUGAAGUGAGUGACUCAAAUCAAUUGUCUGGAAAAUUUCCAACAUCACAACUAUUAGGACUGGUAAGAGAAGAAUUUGAAUUGGAUCAAAAUAAUGAAGGCAAUUUAGAAAGUAUUCAAACUAAUAAGAAUAAGUUAAAACAAGAAAAUUCGGUUGUUAAAAAUACAAAUGGAGUAUCUUGUCAUAUGGAUUAUAUGUCUAAUUUUGUUAAAUCAAUAAACAAUUUAACAGAAGAUAGAUCAGAACUAACUGGAAGUGCAAUGUUGAAUGGUGAAAAAAUAAAUGUAGUAAGUAAUCGAACAAGCGAAACUAUGAAUUCAUUAGAUAAUCAAGAUCAUAAAGGACAUAUUAUGCCAAAAGAAUUAAACAGUAUGACAUGUGAGUCAAAAAUACCCGUAUUCAGAAAUAAUUCAUCCAAUAAUCAUACACCUAGUUUAAUAACUAAUGGAUUACAAGAAGUCAAAUUUAAACCUUUAAAAUCAGCCCGUAAAGGCAGAUUUCAUCCACACGAAACUGAUUCAAAUCCAGAUGACUGUUCAGUUUUAUCCUGCUCAGAUAAACAAGGACUAACCCAUUCUAGAAUUCCACAACCCUUAUGUUUAAUACCUAAUAGUAAUAGCAGUAAUAAUAUAGAUAAGUCACAUAAUGGUAGUCAACAAUGUCCAAUAAAUGAAUCGUCCAUAAAACCUGAUUGCAACAAAUAUCCAACCAAUAAGCAUUCUAUUAAUGGUAUGUCAAAAUCAGAAGUUCAAAAUGAUUCAAUUGCGAAGCUUAAUACCAAUAAAAAUGUAAUUAAUCGAAAUCCAUUAAAAUCAAGUCAGUCUGUUAAUAAUCGAAAAUCUUAUCCAUUAUUAAGUAAUGAUAUGAAAUCAUUUAGUAACCCGGUGAAAAAUGGCACUGAUUCUGUAAAAGCAUCCUCAAUGAACAAAUCACCGACAAAAUUCACAUCUUCAUCGUCAUCGUCUUUGUCAUCUCCAUCAUCACAACCGUCAACAACGUCGUCCUCUUUAUCAUCAUUGUCAACAAAACUAUGCUCGAAUUCAGUUGCAAAACCAUUAUUACGUUCAAAUGGAUUAAAAAGUCGAAAACAGAAACUCAUUGAAACCAAUAAUAAAUCCACAAAUGAUCGACAAGAAAGUUUAAUGAAUGAAAAUCUUGCUAAAAUCGAUUCGACAACAAAACUCAAGUCUACAAAUGAUAUAUCAUUGAGUUCAAUUUCAACUGAUCGAAAACAGAAAGAUUAUUUGAAUGUAUUCAAUCAAUCAAUAAGUCAACAGUGUAAGUUAACUAACCAAGUCAAUUCAACAACCACAAAAUUCAAGGAAAGGGAUCAGUCAGUACUAUCUAACGGACUACUACCUUGUUUAGAUGAUAAAGAACUGAUAAAUUGUACACAACCAUUAUGUGAAAAUAAGUAUAUUUUAAACAAGGUCAGUAAUAAUUCUACCACUACUGAUAAUAAUAAAAUGGACAAAUUUAAAGAUUGCGUAAAACAAGAAAACGGAUUGCACAAUGAAUAUUUAACAUUGAAUGAUCAAUCCAAUGUAAAUCACAAUCAUGAUUCUAGAAAUGAUGUAAAAAAGCGUUUAAAUGGUAACAUGAUGACGAUGAAAUCAAAAUUAACAGGGAUUGAUGAAAUCAACAAUUCAAAUAAUUUACAAUCGAUUCAAAAUAAUUAUACAGACAACAUUAGUAUUCAUAUUCAUGAUGAGAUGACGUUAAAUGUGAAAGAAAAUAAUGAUAAUUAUUUGCCUGCUUCAAUAAUAUCAUCAUGUACACAGUCAAUGACCAAUUCAAUCACAAGCACGCCGGGAAUAUCUAAGACGUCAACAAUAUUGACCGAAUCAACAACAAAUGGUGGUUUAUGCUGUGAGAAAAAUAAAAAUUCUAAAAAAUUUAUACAAUCCCCUAAAAAAUGGUUAACCCCACAAACAAGUCUACAGAGAGAAAACAAACAAACAAUAUAAAUGUUAGAAGCGCCCUAUUUCUUGUACAAAAAAAAGUUGACGACAAUAAUGACACAAUAGAAAUAAACAAAAAGGAAGAAUAAAUAUGUUAAUCAAUAAAUAAACAAAAAUUCCGAAAUAUUUCAAUAAGAAUCAACUUAGAAGUCAGAAUAUCAUAAAACCAUUUAUGAUAUUGUAACUUUUAA